UUGGGGCCAUUUCCUCAUUCUUUACACGGACAUUGAACAUUUCUGACUGUACACUAAAGUGUGCUAGGAAGGGACUAUGAAUAGUAUAGUUGUUUUAAAGUUAUAGAACUGCGUUUUCCCUCAGUGGAGAUUUUGUAAUGUUUUCUCUUGGAUUUUAAUCGUUACAGGCUACAACAUGGCAUAUUGUAGUGAGACCAGCGUUGACUUCUACAAAAUACCCUUAGUUGCCUUAAAUCACAGUGUGAGAAAAAAGCUUGGACUUUACUUAAAUCCGCCCAGCACUGUCGCGGCAGACUGGACUUCAAUCGCAGAGAUGAUGGGCUUUUCGUACCUCGAGAUUAAAAAUUAUGAAACCUGCCACAAUCCUACUCUCAAGAUUUUAGACGACUGGCAGGCGCGCUGCUCAGACGCAAAUGUUGGAAAGUUACUGUCGCUAAUCGAGACUGCCGACAGAAGCGACAUAAUCUGUGAUAUCAAACCACUAAUAGAGGAGGACUGCAUCAAGCAUCUGAAGAAGCUACAGGACCCCCCAGUUCAGGUCCCAGAGAUUCACAGCUCUAUCAAAACUCCAGAACCUUAUGCCAUGACCAUGCGAGACGAUCCGAGGGGUGAAUCUCCUGAGAUGUUUGAUGCCUUCAUCUGCUACUGCCAGAACGAUUUUGACUUUGUCUUCGAGAUGAUCAGGCAGCUGGAAGAGACGGACCACAAGCUGAAGCUGUGUGUGUUUGACAGGGACGUUCUGCCUGGAACAUGUGUGUGGACCAUCACCAGUGAGCUCAUCGAGAGGAGAUGUAGGAGGAUGGUGGUUGUGAUUUCCGAUGACUACCUGGACAGCGAGGCAUGUGAUUUCCAGACCAAGUUCGCUCUCAGCAUUUCCCCAGGUGCUCGCAAUAAAAUGCUUAUUCCUGUGAUCUUCAAGCCAAUGAAAAGGCCCUUUCCAAGCAUUCUACGUUUCCUGACAGUCUGUGACUACAACAGGCCCUGCACACAGACUUGGUUCUGGAAACGGCUGGCUAAGGCCCUGUCCAUGCCCUGAUGCCGUGGGAUGGGUUGUGUCACCAUGGGAGGUCACCAUGGGGACACUGUGGUAGUAUGUCUCCAUUGUUGUUGUAAGGUGGGGAGGUCCCUGGUUAGGUUUCCGAGUAGUUGAUGGAACUUACCUGUUAGACUCUGGAGUUUCCAGGUUUAACGGCUGCAUACACCAGCUCUUUUUGCAUUUGCAUUAAUGUACAGCUUUUUGUUUGUUUGUUUUUUAAAGAAAUGUUAUGGUGUUCUCCGGAAUUCAUAUUUUAAUUUUUUUUAGUAUAGCAUAUACUGUGCAUACAGUAUAUUGUGUCACAAUGUUCACAUAGCUCAACCUUAUUUCAAAGAUAUGCUUUUUCCUUUGCAUUUCUUUGUCCUGCCUUAGACAGUUCACAUAAAAAAAGAGUAAUUCACUAUAAUAGAUGUGGGUGCUUUUAUGUUAAGCAAGGUUUUGUACUUUGGGAAUUGGGUUUCAGUGUUGUUUGCAUGUAGUCAAGCAGUGCUUGUUUACAGAGAGCUUUGCAUCAGUAUUGCAUUUUAAAAGCAUGCAAAGCAUUUCUAAGUAAAUAUUUUAUUGUUCACACAUUUAUGGAAACAUUGAUUAUGUUGUUUGUCAAGCAUAUGUUUCUGAGGAAUGUCAAAGGAGGUUAUGAAUGUAUGUCAUGUUUUAGUGAGCCUUUAAAAAAACUGUGACGGUUCUGUGAAUGUGUUAUAAUGGAUCAAUUUAUGUAAAAGAAACUUUAAUAUAUUUGUAUUCUGUCUAUAUAGUCGUUAUGAGUCCAAGAUGAUUGAAUAUAAAUCUCUAAAACACCUCCCCUGUACUGUUUUUCUCUAGUGUAUCACUCCUAGAUGUAUAUCCAAUUAAACCUUGUAUGUGCACUUAUAGCAUAUCAGUAUAGCAUCUAGGGUCAAAUUUCAAAUUUCACUGAAACCACUUAAUUAGAUUAGUUUUUCAAUGUGUGUGAUAAGAGGACAAUGAAAAGACAACAUUUCAUGAUGGACUGAUUUGUUUCUUAUUAAUGUUUGUGUGUGUGUCUGUGUAGAGGGUGAGAGUAAGAAACUUCUCUCAGUAUGACGACUUGGUACCAUUAAAAAAUGGAAAUGAAAACGUGGCUGUUCACAGCCUGUUCCUGUAAGAACUAGUGUUGUGUAGUCAUGCUGCUGACCUACUUCCUGUGUGACCUGUGGCUCUGCCAUUUGAACAGACCAAAAAGCAAACAAGGAACUUCUGGUCUACGGCACACAUUGUAGCUGCAGUGCCCUAAAGGAGAGUUAGAACCCCCUGUGCGGAUGAGUCUGAAGUGAAAUAGACAAGGUCACCCAGAAUAACACCACACAGCCACAUGAUUUAUGGUGUUAAUAAAGCAACAAUAAUACAAAUUGCUUAUUUUGUCUGUAGUUACGCCAGUUGUACACUGACAGAAUUAUGUACAUUAUGUAAAGCAAACACAGGUAUCGUCUCUUGGUGGUAGGUACCCUCUUAGGAAUAGCCCAGUGAUAGUGCAUAGUUGUUUUCUAUUUUACGUAUGCUGGUUGACCGUUUCGCGGAGAAUUGCAAGUAAACAGCAUGUCAAUUUCCCACUUAUAAGCAGAGAUUACAGUUCUUUUCCCAGUCUUCCCAAGUGAUCCCCUCUAGAGUGUGGCUCUGUCAGGGUAAUAACCCUUCUGCCAGUUGUUAAAUAAUAACAAUCUUACAAUGUAAUUACUUCGGGCUGCAAGGGUUUCCACUUAUUUUACCAAAGCUACAGUUACCACCAUUACAUUUUACUUUAUUUAGAAUUUGCAGUAAAAGCACAUUGUUAUGGAAUUAUUGCUGUUUCCAACUGGCAAAUUCAUACUGGAAACCUUUGGUGUUAUGAAUGUCUUUUUUUUCUCCCCUGUGGUGAUCCACUGGUCCUGUAGUUAAGCCUAUGCAUUCAUGUAGUUAGGGUAUCUUUUUUCUUUUGAUGUGCUGUUUAUUUUAUCAUGUUUUGUCUCCAGCUUCAGUUGACAUCUCUUUUCUUAGACAUAGCCCUGACAAAUAUUUUAGUGAAGUUAUUAGUUGGUUAUAAAAUGUAGGCCUGUUGCAUUUCUCCCAGUGUUUGUCCACUGGCCAAUAAAGCGUGCAUAAACCAUG